CUUCUCAUUCAAUUCACUCACUUCUUAGCUCAAUACCAAUUUCUCCUCCUCCUUUUCCAAUCUUAUUAUAUUAAAUCAAUAUUCUUAUUGUACAUUGACAUCAAUUAUGGCAGCGGUUUACCCAAACAUGCUCCAAGACAAGCUCACCAACGAAAUAUUCUCCAUUCUGGAGAACAAAUUCCUCUUCGGCAGCACCAACACUUUGACUAACAACGACAACGGAAAGGUGAGGAUCCUGAGCAUGGACGCGGGCGACGCUAUCCUGGCCGCGAACGCCCUCGUCCAUCUCCAGUCCAUCCUCCGUGCCAAAUCCGGCAACCCCGCCGCCCACAUUGCCGACUUCUUCGACGUGGUGGCGGGGUCCGGCGCGGGGGGAGUCCUGGCGGCGCUCCUCUUCACCCGCGGCAAGGACGGCGCCCCCCUCAUGACGGCCGACCAGUCCCUCACCUUCCUCCUCGACCACCACCGCACCUUAACCCCCCGCCGCCGCCGCCAGCUGUUCGGGCGGAGGAGCGCCUCCAAGCUGCUGAAGAAGGUGUUCGGCGAAUUGACGCUCAAGGACACGCUGAGGAAAGGGGUGCUGAUCCCCUGCUACGACCUGAAGAGCGGGGCGCCGUUCCUGUUCUCGCGCGCGGACGCGCUGGAGAUGGACGGCUGCGAUUUCCGGAUCGCGGGGCUGUGCGAGGCCACGCUGGCAGACGCGGCGGUGGAGCUGAGGUCGGUGGACGGGAGGAGCAGGAUUGCGGCGGUUGGGGGGAGGGUCGGGAUGAGCAAUCCGACGGCGGCGGCGAUCACGCACGUGCUCAACAACAAGCACGAGUUCCCGCUGUGCGCCUCCAUCCGGGAUAUCCUCGUGGUGUCGCUGGGAGGGGCAGCUGACGUGGCGGCGCAGGGGUUUUCGGAGAUGGUGGAUCAGGCGGUGGCGAUGGCGUUUGGGGAGGAGAGGAGGAGUAAUUAUGUGAGGAUUCAGGGGGUGGUGAAUGGGGAGAAGAAGAGGGCGGUGGCGGAGAGGAUUUUGGGGGAGAAGAAUGUGGAGUCGGUGUUGUUUAAAGGGAAGAAAAUGGUGGAGGCGACGAAUAUGGAGAGGAUGGAGAUGUUGGGAGGGGAGCUGAUUAAAGAGCAGGAGAGGAGGAAGAAUGCUAUUUUGCCGACGGUGCUGCUCACUUCGCCAAGAUCUUCAUCGGCUUCUACACUCUCAUCCAAUUAGAUUAUUAUUAUUCUUUUUUAUUUCUUGGUUACAAAUUGGUUAUUGAUUUUUGGUGUUUGUUUGUAAGUAGAGAGUAGAGACUGCCAGUCGGUAGACAUCCGAGUUAGUGCAGAGGUGGGUCACAAAGCAUCCCAUCGCCGAGUGUUUGAUUUAUGUCCACAUAUGUAUAUGUAGUAAUUUCCAUCGUGUGUGUGGCUGUGUCUCUGCUGGCUCUUCUUGACUAGCUAUUUAUUAGCUACUGUGUAUCAGUAUCACUUGAUCAAUGAUCAUGGAAGAAAUAUAGUAUAUAAUUCUGCUGGUUGAAUUCA